AUUUUCAGUUCCAUCCCUCAUUCAGGAAUAUGAACAUCAACAGUUUCUGAGACAAUAGCUAUAAUGCUUAGAUUGCAGCGCAAACAAGAAAGUGUCCUGUCUGGCCUUUUACAUGAGCCCUACUUCAUUUGCAAUGAAUAUGCAAAAAAUGAAUGAAUAAGUCUGACCAUGUAUGCAGUCAUUACAUUACAAGACUCAAAAGACCUGAAAGUGAUACCAACAAAGUGGUUGAAUGAACAAAAGACACAAUGCUGCAUGCCUGCAUUCAUGUCACAAGAGAAGUUAAUGGAAGCUGUUAAAAACAGUCUUGAGCGUUCAACAGGUGGAAAUCCAUGGGGGAUGUUUGAUAUUCAAGUUCAUUCGGAAUGUGAAACUUUUGAACAGGCUGAGGAGAAGCAAAAAGUGAUUAGAAAGCAGAAUGAACGACCAGCUGCUGGAAUCUCUGGAAUACACAAAAGACAAAAACUUGAAAAUUCUCAGAUAAUGUCAAAAUAUCCAUUUCAGUUGCCUAAUGCAUUUUCCUCCGGUGACAAAGAAAGGCUCUUCCAAAUGUUGGGAGAAAUCAAGAGCAGUGUUCUAGAAAACACUGGCAUGUUAAGGAAACUAAUAAAAGACAAUCAGGUUUCUGAGGCCCCCAGCAGCACUAGCAUGCCAUCUAGAGAUACUAUGUCAAACCUGAAUCUACCACUCAAAACCUUUGCAGAUGUGAUCAAAGCUGAAUUCGAACUCGGGGAUCCAAAAACCCACCAAAAAUACGUACAAUAUCUUUCAAUGCAUUUUAGUCCAAAAGAUGUGGUUAAGAAUAUAAUGCAACGUGUCCUAACUGAUGAUCUGGCGAAGGAAUUCAACUGGACAGGACGAGGUGGUAAAAAGUGCUUCUCAGAAUUUAAAUUAGCAGAAGUGAUCAAAGAAGCUUCAUCCAAAUAUGUAAACAUGGAAGAUUGUGAAACUGAAAUCAAAAAGUAUUUGUCUCACACAGCUGACCGACUCAGUCGGAAGAGACCAAGAGAUUUUGGAAUUCUCUUUCCUGAAGUGAUUUGUGAUUUCUCCCACAUUGCUUGACAGUGCCAUCCAGCCAAAUGUUUUUUUGUCAGGCCAUGUACUAUUACAAUUUAUAAGCUUACUCAAUUUCAAGAGGAUUAUAUGGUGUUACCUAUUAUUGAAAAUUCUUGAGAAUCCUUUUGUAAAUUUCAAAAUAAUAAAUUGUAGUAGAAUGUUUAUACUUUCUGUGUAAUAUGAGUGCAUAGAGCAAUGUACAUGGGAGAAUUAUGAGAAAUAAUAUGAGGUUACAAUAUUGUAUACCCUGUCCCCUUUUUUUGUUGUUGUAAUAUUUAAAUAGACUUGAUUUUCUAGGGAUUUAUUAAUGCAGACCAUUAUGUACAGUAGAUUAGUCUUAAUAUUGCAUGUUCAUAGACCUUUAUAUAUAUAUUCAAAUAAGUUUGAUUUUCUUAAUGAAAACUAAAAGGAGUAUAACUUGUAAAAAAAAAAAAAAGAUUCUAAAUAUUACGUUUAAUGAACAUGGAAGUAUUGAUUGAAUUAAAAAUAAA